AUGUCAAGGAUUAUUUAUUUAUUUCUGUAUUCUUUGUUGACAGACUACGGGGCCGCUAGUCUGGAGUUGCUAGAGCUGCGCGUGCCCGCUCACGUGCCUUUAGGCACGCGAGCGCAUCUAUCGUGCCGAUGGCAGCUCGGGCCUACCGAUGUGCUGUACUCCGUCAAGUGGUACAAGGACGGCCGGGAGUUCUUCAGGCAUGUGCCUAGAGAAGCAGAGCCUAGGAGGAAGUUCCCGCUGCCUGGAGUUGAUGUUGAAGACUCGAGUCACAACGGGGCAAACGUGACGUUGUACCCGGCGGUACUGGAGACCGGAGGCCGGUACCGCUGCGAGGUGUCCGGCGAGCGGCCGCUCUUCCCCACGGUGUCCGACCACGCGGACAUGGUCAUAGUCGCUCUACCGGACCAAGGGCCCUCAAUAACCGGGUCCCGGCUCCGUUACCAGAUCGGCGACCGGGUGCAAGUGAACUGCACAUCCGGGCGGUCGCGGCCGGCUACCCGGUUAGCGUGGUACGUCAACGGGGAACCGGCGCCUGCUACUGCGCAGCUCACGCCCUCCCAUCAGGUGUUCGAAGACGGACUUGAGGUCACCAGCUUAGCACUCGACUUCAAAGUCAAGCCAAAACACUUUAGGAAAGGCGACCUUAAGCUUAAAUGUUUAGCCACAAUAGCGACAGUGUACUGGCGUAGUAACGAGGAGAGCGUCCAGGGUGAAAGACUGAAGGGCUACGCGCGCUCCCGCGAGCUCAGCGAGGGCACCUCCCGGGCGGACCGGGUCCAAGCCGCGGGAAAAUCCCUCUCUGCCCCGGUCAAACUGGCCUCUUCCCCACUUGUGCUGUGCUUAGUCAUAUCGAUAAUCUACACACUACUGUACAUUUGAACACGGACAUUAACAAAUUGACUUAACGUUAAAGUGAUUGUUUUCGAAGCUGAAUUUAUAAAGGAAAGGCGCAUUCGCUUCCUCAUUAUUUCCAGUGGUUGGGCGCUGCCGCUUGCUAUAAUUAAGUUGAACUUACUUUAGAAGGCAGGUUUGGUUUUUGUUUAUUUUGUUACCUUAUUCACAUUUAUUUAUUGUUCGUAAAAUAUAAAGGUUUAAGAUAAUGUAUAUUAUUGUGAUGAUCAAAGCCGUUUUGUAUAUAAUUAAUAUUAAGUACUGCAAGAUCCCUUCAUACAUCGCGUCGUUUAUUUUAAAUACAUGGAAAUUCUAUCGUGGCAACGAGUUCAUGCUAGAGUUAAAAAAAAUAUUAACUUUACCUACUUAUGUUCCAUAUUCCGGGUAAGAUACUUUAGGACAAUUUUAGAAAAGGAUUGAAUUAGAAAUUGCAUUUUAAUUGAGUUUUCAUUCUAUACUAAACAUUCGUGUCACGUAUUAGGUUACUAACUUUUAAUGUAUUAUAAACUUAUUCGGUAAACAGAUAUCAUUAUUCAUUAUGGUCAUUGACAUGUGGGAUCUUAGACUAUACCUAUUUACUACUUAUAAAAGCACUUAUCAUUAUUUUAAGUUGCUAGAUAGACAUAUCAUGUAUUUUAUCAGCUUUCACUCAAUGUAUUAAAUUCUCUAUCGUUGUAACAGAAAAAUAUGCAAUCGGAAAUAAGCAGUAAAUAAUAUCUGGUUAAUUCUAGUUUAUAAAGUGAAUGUUAUGGUGCAAGCAUGCAUAAAAUCUUAAUUUAACUUUAAGUAUUUUUAGCCGAAUACAUUUUCUUACGUCAUUCCGGUGUUUUAAACUGUAUGAACUAGUAAUUAAUUAAAUAAAAAUAAUUAUUGUAUUGUUUCAGAGCUCAGUCGACGGUCAUUUCUGUGAAUUUGAGUUAUUAAUUGAAUACAGGGUGUAAGUAACUAAGUAGUGGGCAGAAGCGCUUUCAGAACAUGCUUGUGAGUGGAAAUCAUAUGGAUUUUCUUCGCGGAAAUUCUCGGUUUUCCCACAUUUUGUACAUUAUGUAAAAUGACAUUUAAGUUUGCUAAGAAUCUCAUUCGGAAUGAAUUACUGAGAUUAUACUUGCAAGAUUCUGAGAAUAUAUUCUUGGAGAGCCGCCGCUUACAUUCUGCAUAUGAAAAUUAAUAAAUUCCACUUUUGUCAAUGUGUAAUGUUAUUUGCGAGUUAUUUCGACAUUUAAUUUUAAGAGAUAAAGUCAUUUCACCAAUAGAUUGUUGUGCCAUUGUUAAAAGUAAAUAAAUAUUGUUUCUAUUUUUUUCAUUUGUAUAAAUGCUUGAUAUAUGAUAAUUAUAUUAAUAAUUACCAUACAGACAGUCCAAAGAUACUAUAAAUAUGCUUACCAAAGCCGCUAAUUUACCAAUAUCGGUUACCAUUACCGUCUCUAAUUUUAUUGACACACAAAUUCUGCUAGAAUUAAUUUGUCAUUACGAAUUGCCGACGAGCCAAAGUAUUUGUACCCUCCUAAAUUAAAUAAUUUCGAUUAGAGUUCGGGACGACUUAAUGAAGAUUGGAUGCGGGCGUUUCAAUAGAUAUACCUACCAUUUUUAUAGUUCUCGAAUGCGCGUUGACAACUCCGUGUUUCGUUUUCGUUUCGUUGACCCAAUCCGUGUUCAUCAAACAUAAACUUUACCUUGUUAAACGGAGGUUUUAGGUGUCAGUACAAUUUAAACCUUACUAACUUUUACGCUAGAUACUGUUUAAGCGCUUAGUUAUAUAGCACAACGAGAUCGAUUCCAAUUAUAGGAACCAUUUGGUUGCCAAGUAAUCUGAAUACGUACCUACUGUUUUUCUUAUUUGUGUUGAUUGAAUGUUCUGGUUCAAUGAAAACCUAACUAGUAAGUACAUACUACUAAGACCAGUCUAUUUAUUACCUAUACUCUCAGUCCUAUACUAAAAUAGUGUAACAUUUGUAGAAAGUCUCUUCAUUAUAAUUAUUUAUUCUAUUUUUUACUCCUUACUAACUGACUUUCAUUAUGUAUUUUAUCCGUGGCCAAACUGAUUAUGAUGUUAUUCUCUGUCCUACUAACACACAACACGUUUACUGUAAAAUCACAACAAAAUGUAUUAAAUAAACAAAAAUGAUAUUCCAAAAUAUUUUAAACGCUAACGAGGCACUUUUAUGAAAUAAAAUUUUGUGUGGAAUACGCGUAUGUAUUUACUGUAUCUGUACGCGAAUGUAAGUAGAUAUCAUAAAAUUUUAUGGAAAUAUAUUUAUAUGUAUACUUAUUGAAAUUUACAUUUUGUAUAUGUAUAUAAAAUAAAUACAAUUAUAGUGUUGCAUGCUAGUCAUUGAAUAAAAACUGGUUUAACACUGAACGAAAAUGUUACUUGACAAAGUUUUCAAAAUAAAUACCUACAGUGUAUAAUCGUUAAAAUUAAACAUUGUACAUAAUCAUAAAUUAUAGGAAAAGUUGAAAAGAGGAAAUGCAAUUACAAAUCAUUCGUUCGUUUUGAUCAAAAUAGUUUUUCAUGUUAAUCAUGUUUAAUAACCUACAUGAUAAUUCGUUUUCCAUGAAUUGAAGACAUGUGUCAAAAACAAUUCUGCUGGAUAUGUAUUUGAUCCUAUUUUAGUAAGUAUCAUUAUAUGUUUAAUUUAUCUUAUGUAUCCUAAUAUAAACACAUCCAGUAAAGAACUGGAUGGAUGAAUGGUUCCAAGUGAAAAAAUAAGUUUGUGCUUUUUACCUACUUACCCUUUUCUAGUGCUAGUGGUUAACCACAAAAACCUUUGUUAACAUAGGUACAUCUUCUAAAUGUAAAAAUAAUAUAAAUAAAAACUGUAAUUAAUGAAGAGUGAGAACAAAAUGUAAAAUUAUAAUGGAAAAGUGUGUUCUUAUUACACCCACUGAGUAGAUACUCGAAUGCCUGACGAAUGUUUAGAUAACUCUGUGUCUUUUUUAUUAGUGGGUUAAAAAAAUAUACUUCAUUAUAUACCACAAUAACUACAUCAAGUGUGACAGUUGCAUUGCAAUCAAAAGUCGUUCUUUUCCGCAAGUGAAAAGAUGUUCCCAAGGUCAAUAUUACGUUGCGACUGAUGUGCUAAGCUGUGUAAAAAAAGGCGCAAAAGGAGAAUGUCAGAUCGCUUUUUAUGGGCUCCAUCAAGAGCUUUGGGCAAGUAAGUGAAACAUAUUGCGUUGAACUUAUUUUUAUUUUGUUUUCCAAAACAAAGAGAACAAAGCUCCAGCUUUGGUCUCGUAAAAUGAACCGUGUUUACCAGUUAACGUUUUUAUUACAUUAGAGUAUAAUUUUUAAACCUAAUUUCAAGUUGCCUAUAGGUAUUGAAUAUUGAAUUAAAAUGCACAAGGGACAGUUUAAUUUGUCAUUCUCCUUUCUUGCAAAUAUAAAUAUCAAGAAAGACACAUUGAGUUAAAAGAGAUAUUUGCAACUGUAAAAUUUUGGUCAUGACAGAAAAGGUGUAUAUGAAUACCGAUUGUAAGUAAAAACGGGAAUUUAAUGCUUUUGUAGGUUCAGGUAUUUUACACUUUAUUUGCGCCUGGAACGAUUGGAUGGAGUAAGUAUACUGAGUGAUCAAUAUAAGAGGUAGAUUUAAAAAAUCUUCAUAUUUAUUUUUGCGUUAAUAACAUAGUUUCAGUCGUACACCACAUAGUCAACGACAUCUAUUAUGUAGAGACGACAGUUACAGCACAACCGACUAUGUAUAGUACAAAUUGACAUUUGUUGCAUAAUUGCCCCUAUUAUUACUUAAAAAGAUUCCAAAGUAAUUAACUUGACCGGUUGUAUUGCGGUCGCUUGUACGAGCGUACAGACGAUGACGUAUGUCCGUAUCACCAACAUCACCCCUGGGUCCUUUAAUUCAUAAUGACGUCACCCAAGAACAAAGCAUGUGCCCGUAUUAAAUUCCUUUUUUUACUUACAAUAAAAAUGCGAAAGUUUAAAAGUAAUUACGUGUAUAUGAAAUCAGUUAUUUAAUAUCGCAGUUGAAUUGUUGCUUGUAUUGUUACAAAGUUUAGAGUAAAUAAGUAUGAAUAUGUAAAUAAUGGGUACGUUGUGUAUGUAUGUAGCUCAAAGUGCAGAAAAACUUUGUGAUCUAAAUACAUGGAUAUUAAUAUUA